AUGGACAAUCGGCCGCUCAAAAGAGAAGCCUUUACGAAGCUCCCUCCAAAGCAAUACCUUCUCAGCAUGGAGCAGACGAUGGUCAGAGAGGCCCAGCUCUUGUGCCCGUCUUUCACCAGCAGUCAUCUCCUAGGACUCGCAGAUGCACAGUACACGGCCGGGAUCGGCAGCAGCCAUGAGAAUCCAGCCAGGUUUGCCAUUGUCAAUGCCCUUCUCGCAACUACGAUACGGUGGAGAACGACAAACGAAUCCUUUGAUCAGUUGAGCGUCAGCAGCUGGUGCUAUUUCAAGAACGCAUAUGCGAUCUUCCCAGAGCUCAUAAUCCGGGGCAACGAUCUGUCAGCAUGUGAAGCGCUGCUGGCGAUGGCUAUGUUCUCGCUUGGAACAGCAGAUUCUCGUACAACCGCCCACCUGGCCUCUGCGGCAGCUCGAACACUACAAAUCCUGGGACUGAACAAGAGGGAGACUUAUGCUGCCCACGACCCCGCGGAGCAAGAGCGGCGCAGGCGAGUAUUCUGGGCAGCCCACAUCCUUAACACGGACAUGAUGGUCAGGUUUGGACUGCCUACACCAUUCCAGCAUACUGAACUCAUCGAGUAUCCGACAAAUACAUACAUCGUCAUUGGCGAUCAAACUAAACAGCCAUUCAAUUAUGUCACAAGUAUGGCGCGACUUUCUCAAAUACAGUCGCGGAUUUAUGGGCGGCUCUCACAGCACAGCCUCCACAUCCACCCGAGCAUAGACCACCAAGCGAUUGCCAUAGCAUGCAACCACGAGCUUGAAGAAUGGAAGAGCUCGCUCCCAAGAGAGUGGCAGCCUGAUCUCAUCGCCCUUCCAACGACUAAAGAGCUAGAGGCCCCGACCGCCCUUUUACAUCUGGUCUAUUUCAGUGCUUUGAUCAAGACUAACAUGACACUGGCUCGGUUGAAAAGCGCGUCAGGGUCACGCGCAUGGCCUCCCAUGUGUAGCGCUUGGAUGAGCAGCGAUUCCUCACAGGCAAUAGAGCAGUCCUAUGCCAAGUGUACAUCAGCUGCCCGGGCAACUAUUGAUCUCUUACGGCGCAUGCCGUCGCAGCCCUACAUGCAAAUUUGGGCCAUACUCUGCUACCCAGUGAUGGCAACCCUGAUACUUCUUUGGUGUUCGCUCGAGGAGCCUACAGACCCGCAGGCGCAUCUGAACGUGACAAUGAUGGGGCAGUUUGUCCAGUUCCUCUCGGCAGCCAAGGAAGAAGGGUGCGAUGUCCGGACCGUGUUGGAUGGCUGCUCCAAACUCCACAAGAUUGCCAGAUACGUCGUCCAUACACCACAACCAAUCAGUCUACCCAGCGGGGCAGACGCUGACCAAGACGUAAGAGACCAACUCGAGGCUCUUCGCAUCAAGCUCUCGGGUGUCACCGACUGGAUGCACCUUGCCCAGGGUCUUCUGGGUAAUAUUCCGGUCCUAGUCUCCCAAGCGAGGGAAAUAUUCACAGGAGUUCUUGGGAUGGAGAGAAAGGAUAAUGACGAGUAUGGAUUAUUUGCCCCGGAAACAUUGCAGCCGCAAAGAUAUGGUGUUUACUUUGCCUCUUAG